AUGGUGAAGACGCGUCCCGUUCGCCCUUCGCUCUCAUCGCUGCGGACUGGGAGCAGUACACUUUCCCGUCACUCGAUUUCUACUGACGCGGCGGCGACCUCGUCCUGCACUGAAUCAUUACCAACAGACACCUCGUACUCGGUCUCGACCCCGUCUGAUGGAUUCAACUACAAAUUGGAUCCGAAACCCCCUCAAGAAAUGUCUCCGGCCAUGUCGCACUCUCCGGCGGCCAUGACGAUACCAAAGGUGCGAUCGUCAAGUCAUGGAGCCAUUUCUGCUUCGCGGUCCGCUUUCGUUCACGGAAAGUUGCACAGGCGGGGGAACUCAACCUCGUCCGUUCAGAGCCCAGACGCGACCAGUGCAAACCACCAUGACAUGGAUUCUUUCCCCUAUGCAAGUGACGAUCACGAUGGACCUGAUCAUUUCCCCAAUACAACAUUGAAGCCGACUUCAACCACAAAAAUAAAGCCCCUCUUACGCAAACUUGCCCCUCGGGAAAGGAGCUCCCUGGACUUGUCCCGAUCCGCAGCGGAUAACGAAGCUCUACCAGGCUUGGGCAUAUACGGGUCGGAUAUGGGCGUGCCUACACAGUCGGCGGCGGAUGUGAAUUUCAGUCACGCUGUUCCGCGUGGUGGAUAUCAUCAGCGAUCAAGCAGUGGCACCUCCCAGUUCUCAAGCCAGACGGCAUCGAGCGCGCGCCGUCCCAGUGGGCAAUAUAUACACCCUAUGCGCCAAACGCCCCGACCGUACACGCCUUCCCUUGGCCACUCCCAUUCAACUUCUAUCAUGAGUAGUGAGCCACCAGAAGAGGAAGCAGAUGUUAUCUACGAAACGGCCGCUCCCCGGCGAUCGUUGUCGAUUGGUGGCAGCGCUCCUGUUCAACGACCCCCUCUUCGCGUGCAAACGAGCAUGAACUCGGUGCCACGCAUCGGCCAUGGAUCGCAAACGAGUCUCUUGAAUUCCCCCUAUUCCAUUCGAGCCCGGACCGACACUCUCCGCUCUGUUGACACGGCUUCCCCAAGCACGCGAUCAUCCCUGGAUCGAGGGUUUCGAAUCCGUACUCGCGAACCUCUCGAUCCCGCCUCUCGAGCUGCGUCCAUUCGAGCUGCCAGACAGGCGUUUAGCGAGAAGGAAGAAGCCAAGGCUCGCAAGGCCGAGGAAGAUGAAUAUAAAGCAGCAUGUCGUGAACAUCGCAAGCGCGAAAAACAAGAAGAAGGCGAGCGUCGCAAAUCCGAAUCGCGGGAGUUUCGAGCUCGACGCACCAGUAGCUCGUUGAACGAGAAAAUCGAUUCAUUACCGGGCCGUGAAUUCGCUGGUUUGACCCCUGUACAAAGUCGCGAUAUUCCACCUCCAACUCCAAAUGUGUACGUGGAUGCUGCAGGCCCGGCAUCGAAUAUAACGACCAAACGUGCCAUCAAGAGCAAAUGGAUGGGCUUCUGGACUUGGCUUCGGACGAGGGUGUUCAAGAUCGGAAGGAAAGUCAGCCAUGCUGUAUAA